AUGACCCUCCCGCCAGCAGCCGGAGAGCAACGCGAUUCAAGGCAAAACUGCUCCGCAGAUCUAGAAGCUUCCACAGAGGCCGCUUCGGGCAGCAAGCCCUCCGCAUCCGCUGCAGAGGGCACCCGCGCGCGCUCUCACUCGAGGCACCCGCAGUUGUUGCUUUCAAACAGCGCACCGCGGUUGCUCUCGUUCACGCUCAACAUCGUCAACACUCUCCACUGGGGGAAAAAGAGCAUUGUUCGUCUUAGCAGGACAUCGCACGAGCAGGAGCAGGAGCAAACACGGGGGGCGACACCGAUGCCCCGCCACAGCUCCCCCCCCAACGACACUAGUCUACUCGACAUACGGGGGUCGGCCGUACAUUUUAAUAGUACGACGCACAGCGCUACUGCACAUCCAUGGCAAGGUCCCAUCACCGCAUUCACCGCACAACCUUUCCCGGAGAUGCAAAAAGCUUAG